AUGCCAACAGUGACACCCGCAAAAACACCUGUGCGACACAUUCGAGCACAAGCUGCUCCGAAGACUCCAGGUAGUGCUACUCCUGUUCCAAAGCCAAAGUCAAUGAGAGGGACAGGAAGUAAAUCCAGUGAAGGGAACAGACAGACCUCUGGUAACUUGGAUGAUGAGAUCUCAAAGCUCACCAAGAGCCAGCUCUGUCAGGCAGGUCUUAAGCUUGAGCCAGAGGGACUUGGAGCUGCACCUGUAGAGACACCCAUGAAGCUGGAAGGUGCAACUUCAGGGCAAGCAUUUUCAGAUGAAGAUAAACUGAAAGCCAUGAAGUAUAUUACCUCUCCAGAAGUGUGGCCAACAUUCAAGCUGGCACAACCAAGCUUGGCCAAAGUACAAGGCUAUGGAGAAGGAGAUGAGCUUGACAGUGAGUGUGGGAAUAUUGUUGAAGAUGAUGUUGCACUAGAUGGGAUGAAGCAAAAAUGCACAUCAAAGAAAAAAGUGUCAAAGAAGGUACUGGAUGACUUUGAAGCUAGUAAAAUUUUCAGAGCCAUUGACACUGUUGCUUGUAAUGAUCCUACAGUGAUUCACAGCCACAACAUCAACUCAAGCGAGUCUAUCUCAGAUGAUGAGACUCCACCAAAAAAACAAAUGCAUAAGUCAGCAUCAUUUGAGGCCAAUGACAUUUCUGAUACCAGCAUGCUUCUUCAUGACAUGAUGGGAACUAUGAGCAAGCAUCAUAGAUGGCAGGCAAAAGUCAACGAAACUAAUCUAGAGGUUGCCAAACUCAACAUGGAGGUCACAUUGAAGUGUGAGAAGUGUGAGCAGGAGGAGUAUGAGCAAUGUCAGGCUGAUAUUUGA